AUGUAUAAGUUCUAUUUAAAUAAGCUAAAAAUUUUCGUAGAAAUAAUGUAUUCUGUAUUAUUGGUGAUUUCGUGUGUCUAUACGUAUUUAAAAGCUCCCGUUGUUAUUUACUUACUUUCUUCAGGCUCUAAUUCAGCGGUAUUAGAUAUAUUAUCUAUGUUUUCACGAUCUGUUGCAAUAGUAUGUCUCAUAUCUAGGAUUACAAUUUUAUAUAAAAGCACAAGUGAUUUUUUUGUGUACAAGAAAAAAAUCGAAUAUUAUGAAUUAUAUUAUCCAAUGGAAUUGCUGAAAAAAAAAAUUCAACGUAUCUUCAAUACAAGUAUUUUGUUGGCAUACAUAGCUAUUAUAUUCCCUUUAAAUAUAUAUAGAAUUUAUUUAAUUUAUCAUAACUAUCGGAAUAUGAUAUUGGUGCUGUUUUAUAUGAUGAUGUACUUGCAGAACAUCAGUAUUUGUUGGACAGAAAUAUGCUUUAUUGUAAAUUGUAUGGGGUUAUACCUGAAAUUUCAAACAAUCAAUUACGAAAUGGCUGAGUUAAAGGCAGAAAGUAUAAAAGCAAAUAAAUUUCCGGUCGUGUUACAAACCGAAAGACGUAGCAAUCGUUUAACUGAUCCGGGAUCUACUGAUGGGUUUAUUUCGUCGAAUUCCAGUGUUCAUCAUUUGGCUAACUCUAUUGAACAACUCAGAAUGAGACAUCAGUUCGUCAGAUGUGCUGUUAUUGAACUUAGUAAUUUAUAUAGCAUUCAAAUAGUAUUGUCCGUAUGCGUCUUAUUUGUAAUGACAUUAUUCGAUAUCUAUGCACAAGUGACCAAUAAGGACAAAAUAACCAAAACACAAAUACUCUUCUACGGAUGGCUGUUUCAAUACUCAUUCAGAUUUUGUAUAAUAAUUCUGACCACACACGUAACCACCAAACAGGCAAAUAAACCAAAAGUGAUAAUAACUGACAUAAAUAAUCGUUACAUAGAUAAUAACUCAAAAGAAGAACUACAGUUAUUUUUAAACCAAUUGUCUGGUCGUUCAGUUGAAUUUACUCCUUGUGAUUUUUUUACUCUAAAUACUCAUCUUAUUACUUCUGCAAUUGUUGCAGGAACAACUUAUUUAAUUAUU